UGCGCGCUCCUGCAGAAAGACUUCGGCCGAGUAACAGCGCGUCCCCGCAGCUGCACGGCGCUAAUAUAAAUAGUAAUCAGAAAUCCCCCUGGGAAUAAAUCCAUGUUGUUACGUACGUAUGGACGACGGAUAUUAAAGCAUUUGGGAAAAUAUGGAUCCGACCUUGGAGUACAAGUUUUGCGACUUGUUGGAAACAUAAAAGCGGGUUCCGGUGGUGAUAUUUUUUCUGUCAGGAAGUUUGACGUAUUCGGUUGAAGAUUAUUUCUUACCUUGUUUUGGUUGGGCAAAGUCGUGGCUACAGAAACCGUACGAGAACUCGUACGGUUGAAAAAGACUGCUUUUUUCCACAUUAAAGUCAGUUUGGAUCUCGCAUGAAUAACGUUACUUCAGAGUCCGAAGCUCUGUGAAGUGUAAACACCGAUGGAGUUUAUCCAACUUGGCCUCGCUUGACAUAGCAAAUCAAGUUUAUGUGUAUACAAACGUGUGCAGGUAGUAUUUUCUUUCUGCCCGUUUCAUUUCAGUCAGUUUUUACUGCAAGUGUGAACUCCACUGAAUCAAAUUCUUUACUUUAGUUAAAGGCCAGAUAGGCCUUUGUGUAUUCUUAUAUGAUUAUGUUUAGAUCCAUAUUCAAGUUACAAUGCGAUGCAGUUGUAUGCAAUGCAAUCAUAAAAGUAAAGAUAUCUCCAGCCUAAACUAUUAUAGAGUCCAACCUGGCAACACGGAGAAGGAAAAUCUGCAAAUUUAGCAGGAAGUUGAUCAAAAUCACGGAAAUCGUACGUUUUUUUCCUCUUUCGAGCUGAUUCUCAAAUGGAUUUCAUACAGGCCACACGGUUGUUGCUACACCUUGUUUGGUAGUUUUUGUUCGUAUUUAACAAGGUUUUAUGGGAUGCAACUCCCUGUCCCACAAGCCUGAAAGCGUUGAUAUCUAGUGUGACCUCUGAAAAUGUUUUGGAAAUUUAAGUUUUCCAGAGAUCCGAGGCUGCAGCGCAGCAGAAGUUUGUGUUUGGGCCACAGCUGGAGCAGUCUGAUGUAGGCUUUCCAUCGGAACAUUUUCUCUGUAAAACUCACAGCUGUCUGAUGUGACCGUGUUUGGUUUUACAACUGUGGAAAAAGUAUCCGUUUGUGUGAGUGCUUUAAUUUUCCGUUGAAGAAGACGAGCCCCUGUUACCUGGGGGGGUCAGCCCCGCCAUGGCGCCCCCGCACUCAUACACACACACACACACCCCGGUGUGUCGGUCUGACUGAGGGCACCGAUGGACGUGAGCAGCGGCUGGACCUACUGCGUCAUCUCUGCCGCGAGACACCGGUGACUGGACUCGGCUGCACGCGGGAGACGCCCGGUCUUGUCCUGAGCAAGGUCGUCAAGGCUACAGGCUGUGGAGGGGUUGGCACAGCAGAGACAAGUUUCUGAAGACUGGUUUGUAGACCACGUACACAAACAUCGCCAUAAUGAAUGAGAGGCAGGCUCUCCACUCUAUAAUGAAGGACCUGGUUGCCCUCCAGAUGACGCGGCGCCAGCCUGUGUUGUCAUAUGACAGUGGCAAACCCAAGACACCGUCCCAGGCCAACAGACAGGAUGAUGUCAGGAUAAAGUUUGAGUUCUCAGGAGAGAGGAGGAUCCUGAUGUUUGGACGGCCUGUGCAGUUCGAGGAAAUCCAGCAUAAAGUCAAGACUGUCUUUGGCCAGCAGCUAGACCUGCAUUAUAUGAACAAUGAGUUGUCCAUCCCUCUGCGAGGUCAGGAUGAUUUGGACAAGGCAAUUGACCUGCUGGAUCGAAGCUCCAACACGAAGAGCAUCAGGAUCCUGCUGCUCACUCAGGAGCACAACAAUGCCUCCUCUCCCUCCCACCACGUGCCAUGUAAGCAGGUGAGGAUCAAGUCCUCCCAGUCCACCGGAGACGUUAGCACGGUGUACCAAUCCUCCGAGCCCAGGGGGCGCCACCUAUCAACUGGUUCUCAGAACACGGGGCGUAGCUCGCCACCUCCUGGCUACGUGCCUGAACGCCAGCAGAGAAUCGCCCGCCAAGGUUCAUACACCAGCAUAAACAGUGAGGGGGAGUUCAUCCCAGAGACCAGCGAUCAGUGUGUGCUGGAUCCCUGGAGCAGUGCAGAAAACUCUGUCUCUGGAAGCUGCCAAUCCCUGGACAGCAACUCAGACAGCCCCUCACUGAGGAAGUCUCGCAUGCACAGAGCCAAGAGUUACCCUGAUAAUCGGCAGGAGUGCUCAGACAGGGAGAAUCAUGUGUAUGACAGGGUAGCAGGGAAAGGAGGCACCUAUCCUCGUAGGUACCAUGUCUCCCUGCAUCAUAAGGACCACAGUGAAGGUAAAACGAUUAGUAUCUUAUCUCCAUUUAUCAACUAUGUUCCUGGUUUCUUACGCUUUCUCUUUGUACUAUUUCCUCCCUUAAUCUCUCUUGUUCAUCAUGUGAUAUUUAACCUCAGCCAGCCUCUUUCCUGCUCUCCUUCAGGCCGUCGAACAUUUCCACGGAUUCGUCGCCCCCAGGGGAACCUGUUCACUCUGGUGCCCUCACGCCGGUCGCUCAAUGGCAGCGAGGAGAGUCUGGGCAGCUGGCAGCUGGUCGACGCUCAGGGCAGGCUCCGUCCCCAAGAUCGUUCUGUCACACAUAAGUCCCCCAGCGCUCCGGUGACGUGGCGGCGGGGGAAGCUUCUGGGCCAGGGAGCAUUUGGUCGGGUUUACCUGUGUUAUGAUGUGGAUACUGGGAGGGAGCUGGCUGCCAAGCAAGUCCAGUUUGAUCCUGAGAGUCCUGAGACCAGCAAGGAGGUUAGCGCUUUGGAGUGUGAGAUCCAAUUGCUGAAAAAUCUGCAUCACGAGCGCAUUGUUCAGUACUAUGGCUGUCUGAGAGACCACAAUGAGAAGACCCUCACUAUUUUUAUGGAGUACAUGCCGGGGGGUUCAGUCAAAGACCAGCUAAAGGCCUAUGGGGCACUGACAGAAAAUGUGACCCGGAAGUACACAAGACAGAUCCUGGAGGGCAUGUCCUAUCUGCACAGCAACAUGAUCGUACACAGGGACAUCAAAGGUGCCAACAUCCUGCGGGAUUCAGCGGGUAAUGUGAAGCUCGGCGAUUUUGGUGCCAGCAAGAGGCUCCAGACCAUCUGCAUGUCUGGCACCGGCAUCCACUCUGUGACCGGCACCCCCUACUGGAUGAGCCCGGAGGUGAUCAGUGGAGAGGGCUACGGCAGGAAGGCUGAUGUCUGGAGCCUUGGUUGUACGGUGGUGGAGAUGCUGACAGAAAAGCCUCCAUGGGCUGAAUAUGAGGCCAUGGCGGCCAUAUUCAAGAUCGCUACCCAGCCCACCAACCCACUGCUGCCCUCACACACCUCCGACCAGGCACGGGACUUCAUGAGCUGCAUUUUUGUGGAGGCCAAACACAGGCCCAGUGCUGAGGAGCUGCUCAGACAUCCCUUUUCCCAGAUUCUGUGCUGAAACCUGCCUGGUUUCUGAACUUUAACCGCAGUGUAGCACAGUAGCCUCAGCAGUAUCAUUAGCUUCCUUGGAACCCGUCCAUGGCAGAAAUCCGGACAUGGAACUGGUCUAGAAGUCAGUGUUAAACCCACCGAGCCUCUGCCACCGUUCAUGUGCUUCAAGAAGAUUUUGUCUCCUCUCUCACAAAUCCAAAUAACAGACAAAAUAGUUUGACAAAAGCAGUCAACAAUGCCUUGAAAACCAAUGCCAGUACAUGCUCUUACAAGAGUCACCACCAGGGGGAAACAAAUCACAGAUUAAGUAUCUGGUGGGCUGCUGAUCCUUCUCAGAUACAAACACGCACACACUCCAAAUGAUGCACUCCAAAGGCGACAUCAUUCAAGUCAUACACCAGUUGUGUCUUCAUAAAGUAUCCUCUCCUGUGUUUACAUUCACUUGUUGGGUUAUGAGAAAUGCCAGGAAGCCCUAAAGCGUUUGACAUUUAGCUGAGAACCUUUUAAAAGCUACAGCAGGCCUAAAGCUCAAGUUUGCCCAGCAGAUGUUGAACACCACUGGUGCACAACAGUGUUAAUUGGACAGGAUUGUUCUCUUUUUUCCUACUUUAUCUGGUCUUGUUUUAAACAAAGAAAACUCCACCCUUAAACUAUAAUUCUGUUAAAAGCUAUUUAAGCUAUUUGUGAUGCACUUUGCAUUUCUGACUACAUGUUUGUGUAGACUGGGUGAAACACAGAUGAAGUGAUGUCACAUCUAGAUAUGUGUGGAGUAGUUACACUGGAGUUUAAUAGAAGAACAAUGUUCAGCUGUUGAAAACAUCAAUAUUGAACACACCAAACUAUACUGUGGUUCCAGCCCUUCAGAAUUAAGAUAUCCUUUAAUAUGGCUCAGAAAUCUUACAGGUAUAAAUUAAUGAUAAGAGCCAAAUACACAUAUUUCUCCAUUGACAGUACCCUCAAUAGACCCUCGAUGCACAGCAGCUACUAGCCCCAGUUGGAGCCUCUUGUGUAUUACUGUUACAUUCAAAUCACAGUGGCAAACAUCUGUUUCUCUGAAAAAUAACUACCCGGUGAAAACUCAGAAGGUCAUUUAACAACACUGUUACUGCUGUUCUGAGGGUAUUUCCAAAAUGUUUAAGACUCUUCUAACCGUCUGGAACCAUCUGGAAAAAAUAUUCAGUGUCUUGCACAAUAAAAAUGAUUUUUAACAUGUUUCUCAAGUUGCAACUAUAGACAGAUUUAAGACAAUUUUUUUUUUUCAAAUUUGGUUAACAGGUACUAUCCAGUUACUAUCUUUGUUUGGAUUUGUAAACAGAGACCCAACUUGGGAAACUGGUCAAAAAUUAUUUUGUUGUAAUGUUUUAAUAUUUUUCUUGUGUUGUACAAAAAGAGUAAGAACAUAUGUAAUUUCCAGCUACCUGGAUAGAAAAUACAGUCACUUGAGAAACAGUUUAAAAAUCUUUUUAUAUAUACAUUAUAUAGUGAAGCAAACCAAAUAUGUUUUCAUCCUGAUGGUUAGAAGAGUUUUUGAGGGCUCUGGAAAUACCUUCAGAGCAGUGGUAAGUUGUGUUGAAUGACCUUCUGGGUUGUAGAAAAGGUUUCAGUUGUAGUCAUCUGGACACUGUUUUCAGAAUCAAGACGUUUCGGCUCCCAUCCGGAAGUCAUUCUCAAUUGUGAAAAAUGGUCUGAGAACUCAGAAAAUUCUGAAUAAAUACCCGGUAAUUUAAAGAUUACCGGUUAUUUAUUUUUCAGAGAAACGAAUGCUCAGCUCUGACUUGAAUGUAAUUGUAAUACACGAGAGGCACAAACUGAUGCUAUGCAGCUACAAUACCUGAUUUUAAGUCAGGUAAUUUUUAUUUUUCUCCACAGAAAAAAAAACUCUCCCUCCACUAUCAUUAUCACUAUUGCUGUCCUUCUACCUGUGAAACUAACCAGUUGAGUCUGGGGCUGCCUAAAUGUAUUUGGAGAAAAUAAGAGAAUCAGUACAUUUCAGUACAUUGUAGGAAUUUGAAUCAAAUAAUCUACUCAUAUAAAGUAUGAGGAUGACAUGACUGUGUAAGAGGAGCUGAGGGUGGAUUUUUCUGUUUAAAAUUACUUUUCCCAGUCUUGUUCUACCUUUAGCCUUAAUGUGACUUAUCUUUCUACCAACCAGCAUCCUCUUGUAGCUCUUCAGUAUCGCAGGUGUUCUCAGCAGACAAAGUGCCAAAAAGAGGCCGAUAAAAUAUUAUGCUAUGGACAUGGUAUUAAUUAUAUGUGAAAGUGAAGCAAACAAUGCUUUUUAUGGUUUGAAGAUACAAACUAAAGGCCUUAAUGUGGAAGUGAUUUCUGUUGCCUAAGAUCUUACAGUUCAUGUGUGUCAGUUCAAGCCUUAGCUUAAGGAUACAUUUAAAUCAGAUGCACUUUUAUGUAAAAUGAAUGUUGUGGGGUUUUUGUUCUCUUUACCAAAUUUGAUUUUGUUUGGUUUUUUUUACUUCAAAUGUGAAUUGUUUCAUUUUUAUUUAUAUCCCCAUGUCCAAUCCAAUUAGAUUUUAUAAGCAAAUAUAUAUGUAUAAAUAUAUUUUUUAUAUUUAGACUAUGUCAAAUCUAAUGAUACUUUGAGGGCUUUGUGUUGUUCAAAGUAAAUCAUUGAAAGCAGCUGGUUUUGCAGACAUUACAGAAUUGGGGUUUAUAAAUGAAAAAUGGGUGGAAAACGAACUCUGGCUGCCUGGUUCUUGUUCCAGCUCAAAAAAACUUUCCACACGUCCUUAGCUAUACAUUUAGAUGACAGUAUUACCUGACAGGUUACGGAAACUUUGCAUCGUUUGGCCAUACUACUUUGACACAUCGAUGAGGUCUCAUGAAUGAAACCUUUAAGGCUUAAACUGCUGGGAGUAUUUUUUGUGUGAUCUCAUUGUUACUGAAAUGUAAUUAAAGGGUGUGUGUGAGCCAAAGACGAGCAGGAUCGGAGCCAGUGCUGAAUUUCAGAGCUCGCUUUUCAACCCAGAUGACGACUUUGUUCAUCCCAGGGUUCAGACAAGGAGUCCAGUAUUGAAUGAUUUUCUGGGCAAAAGGUUUGCUGCUGAGAACUUUCUAUGGGGCUGCUACAGACAAAAGGCAGCUAAAAUGUUUGGUAAUGAAAAGACAGUGAGAUAAAGAACCCUGUGGUAAGCAAAUGAAUACAAACUAGUUGUUUAGAGAUCUAUAUAUGUAAAUGUAUGAUUAUGUAUCAUGACAGGACUUGCAGUGCAAAGUCUAAUGUAUCAAAUUUAUUUUACAGCAAGAAAAUAGUAUGUUCAAUGACAGUGUUUAUAUAUAUAUAUAUAUAUAUAUAUAUAUAUAUAUAUAUAUAUAUAUAUAUAUAUAUAUAUAUAUAUAUAUAUAUAUAAACAUAUAUGUUUAUAUAUAUAUGUAUAUAUAUAUAUGUGUGUGUGUAUGUAUAUGUAUAUAUGUAUAUGUUUAUAAAUAUGUGUGUAUAUAUAUAUAUGCGUGUAUAUAUAUAUAUAUAUAUAUGCGUGUAUAUAUAUAUAUAUAUAUAUAUAUAUAUAUAUAUAUAUAUAAUCAUAUGCGCCCUCUCUCCAAAACAAAUAAAUUGUUUUUAAAAAUUGUGUCAGAUUGUGACUUGUCCAGAAAGACUGAGUCCAGUAAAUGAAUGAAUACAGGAGACUGAACUCAUUGUUGGCAGUAAGGAGCUACUUGAUAGAUGCCUUCGUUUUUCCUCUCCCUCUCUCUCUCUUUCCCUCAUUUUGUUUCUUCCUCUAUUUUUGCUCUUUUUCUCAUCUCAUGAGGAAAAACAGGAGGCAGACACAGGAAGGAGAAAUUUCCACAACCGUGUCUGGCUCUGAGAUGGGAGAACAGAUUGUAUUGAACAAAGGGCCUUUUUCGUGGCACAGAGAUGCAUUGCUUUUGACAAGUUUGGUUUUUAUUGCCUUAAUGAAUUGAUUCAUUCUAGUUUGCCCUCUUUUUUUCACAGUACACAAGGAAAGGUUCAAGCCUUGUAACUGAUAAGAUUUUAGUAGUAUCAGUAUAGAGGGAAAACAAAAAGGUCACUUUGGAGUAUUUUUCUGUUCGAUCUUCUAUUUAUUUUCAUGAGGAGCUGCUCUGGUCAUGCACCCUCUUUGUUUUCUCAUAUAUGGAUGGAAAGGGUUUUUUUCUCAAAUGAAUCAUAUCCACUCUACCUAGUAAAAGAGUUCUUGGAAAGCAGAAUUAGAUUGUCAAAGAAAAUAUACCCAGCGUGCCAGAGACAAUUACAAUGGUCUAGUUUUAUAAUGUCCCUUAUAUUGAGCCAGAACAGAGGAAGCUGGUAGCUGUUUAACAUUCAAGGUCAUUGUGAAUGUCUUUGUCUUCCUCUGCUUCCCUCUUGCUCUUUAAUCCUUAGAUGUUAUAUGUCAGAAAGAGCAGGAUUUGUUUGCUUUAUCCUGAAUUUGACAUAUUGGGUUUCUGUUAAACAUGAAAUAUCAGCUACCUCAAUGUGGAAUAUGAUUUUUGUGGCAUGGCUCCACCACUUUGGUCCAGAUGGAAAUAUCUCAAAAACUAUUGGAUGGAUUGCCAUGAAAUUUGGUACAGACGUUCACGGUCCUCAGAGGACAGAGGAUGGCCUCUAGCGCCAUCAUCAGGUCAGAAUUGUAAUUUGUCCAAUACUUUGGUUUUUGGGUGUACUUUGUGUUAAAUGCCAAUUAGCAAAUGUUAGUAUGCUAAUGUGCUAAACUAAGAUGAUG